CAGUCACGCAGGGGCGCUGGGCGCCUGGGCCUUUCGCACUUGCUUUUUGCAGCGCCCAGCCCAGCUUCGCUUCGCCGUCCCGCUUACCCUCAAUGGCCGCCGCCAUCCUCCGCGCCGCCCUCCGCCGGAGCCGUCCAGCUGCCGCGGCCCUCCUCCACCACCGUCCCCUCCCGUCCUCUCGAAGCCUCCCGCCUCUUCCUUCUCUCGGCCGGAGUUCUCCUCUCCUCUCCCGAUUUCCAGGCUCCGCCGGAUUCGUGUACUCCACCGUAGCGGAUGAGUCGACCGCUCCCGUGAAGCCCAAGGGCAAGGCCAGGAAGAACCCCAUGAAGCAGUCCCGCUUCGACUUCACCAAGGUGGACGCCGCGCUCCUACCCACCGUCAUCCUCGUCGGCCGACCCAACGUUGGCAAGUCCGCCCUAUUCAACCGAUUUAUACGAAGGAGGGAGGCAUUGGUGUACAAUACACCUGGGGACCAUGUCACCCGUGACAUUCGUGAAGGAGUUGCCAAGCUUGGUGAUCUCCGUUUCCGUGUGCUUGACUCGGCUGGACUUGAGACAGCAGCAACAUCUGGUAGCAUCCUUGCUCGAACAGCUGACAUGACUGGGAAUGUGUUAGCUAGAUCUCAAUUUGCUAUUUUCUUGAUUGAUGUCAGGGAUGGUCUGCAGCCACUGGAUCUUGAGGUUGGACAAUGGCUGCGGAGACAUGCAUCUGGGAUACAUACCAUUGUAGCAAUGAACAAGUCUGAGUCACUUGAUGAGCAUGGAGUGCUGACUGCGGCUGCUGGAGAAGCCCAUAGGUUGGGUUUUGGUGACCCAGUUGCAAUAUCUGCAGAGACAGGCCUGGGGAUGGCAGAGCUUUAUGAGACACUAAGGCCAUUGUUUGAGGACUACAUGUUUCAGCUAACAAACAAUGGACUCAACCAAGAUGACCCUACCUCUGAGGCUGAGACGGAAGCCCAUGAAGGUGAUGAAAGCAAGUUACCUUUGCAAUUGGCAAUUGUUGGGCGUCCUAAUGUUGGGAAGUCUACCCUGCUGAAUACCUUGUUGCAAGAACAAAGAGUUCUGGUUGGCCCCGAGGCAGGCUUAACAAGGGACUCUAUUCGGACUCAGUUUCAGUUUGACAAUCGAACUGUAUAUUUGGUGGACACUGCAGGUUGGAUGGAAAGGUCAGGAAAGGAGAAAGGUCCAGCAUCGUUGAGCGUGGUGCAGUCAAGAAAGAAUCUGAUGAGAGCUCAUAUUGUAGCUCUUGUUCUGGAUGGAGAAAAGAUUGCAAAGUCUAAAAGUAGCAUGAAUCACCCUGAAGUUCUGAUAGCACGGCAAGCAAUAGAAGAAGGUCGUGGACUUGUUGUGAUUGUCAACAAAAUGGAUCUUCUUAGGGAAAACCGACCAUUGUUUGACAAAGUGAUAGAUGCUGUUCCUAAAGAAAUCCAGACAGUUAUUCCCCAGGUUACAGGAAUACCAGUUGUGUUUAUGUCUGCAUUGGAGGGUAGGGGGCGGAUUGCUGUCAUGCGCCAGGUUAUAGAUACUUAUGAGAAAUGGUGUUUAAGGUUGUCGACCUCACGGCUGAACCGUUGGUUGCGUAAGGUUAUGAGCAGACAUUCCUGGAAAGACUCAGCUACCCAGCCAAAAGUGAAGUACUUCACUCAGGUGAAAGCACGGCCACCGACGUUCGUUGCCUUUAUGAGUGGGAAGGUUCAGCUAUCUGAUACAGAUAUAAGGUUCUUGACAAAAUCUCUCAAAGAAGAUUUCGACAUUGGAGGGAUACCAAUCCGGGUUGUACAGCGCACCAUUCCUAGAAAAGAGACUGUAAAAAGCAACAGCAGGAAUACCGGUCCUAGGAUCAAUACCAGGAUGAGAACAGAUAAAAGGACAACAGUAUGUGAACCCACUACGUCAUAGAGGAUGCUGGCACGACGUACUACGAGCUAACCCUACAGAAGGGCGGCAAUCUUCAGUGGUUGCUUUGUUAUGAAGGUGACCUAGCUGAUGGAAGAGAAACUGCUGCGUUUCAGUCAAAAAAUGUAGCCAGUGGUUUAGCUAGCUUUGCUGCCUGCACCGAAGUGAUCAAGAUGGUAGCCGUUUGCUGAUUGUUGAGAAGAAAGGAAAGCAAUCUAACCGUGAUGUGGUGAUACUAAUUUCUCCUGAGAACCGUGGAAAGGUGCGUCCUCUGCUUCGAUUAUCGAAGCCUGAAGGCAACGGCUGUGGUAGUGUUUUCGACAAAGCACAAUGGAUGGAGUAUGACAUCGAACUUAUUUGUCAGGAUGAAAUCAUGUUCUGUAUUGUACAGAGAAUAGACAAAAGGUGUUCUGAGUUUCGACCCAUUCGGAGCUUCACCUAACAAAAUAAAACUAGUGUGUUUGUACGGAUAAUCUGGAUGUUAAGGCAUUGACUUGAAACAACGUUUAACCAAUUACUGCACUGCAGCUAAUUAA